AUGUCCCGCCUCGUUUGCCCGUCCGCCAAGCCGUCGUCGACGUCGUCUGCCACCCGUGCCACGCCAGCACUUCUCUUCUUGUUGCCGCCCGUCUCCAGACACACCACCGUACUCCUCGUGCUUCUUCUCGCUGUCAUGGAAGGUACUGUACACGCAAAGAGAGCAAUUGAGAGGUGUAGUGGGGGGAAUUAGACGAUCUAGGUUCAGAUGCCUAGCAAUCAAAACUUUCUGAAGAUCUCAUUUCUGAGCCGCUCAUUAGAAAGAAUCCUCCGUCCUCUAUGGCAAUUUCUCACCGCCACACCUUUAGGAGUUACAGGAGUGUCGGGCAUCGGCUGUUUCGUGUGCAGUUCGUUCGACGGCGAGAACAAAGGCUGCGAGGAUCCGUUCAACUCGACAAUGGACCUUUCCUCCCGGGACAGAGACGCUUCCUCGGUCGCCAACUACAACUACCCGUGUUGGGCGUACAAGAAGGGACGGCACGGACUGUUUCCGGCGGAUCACUGCAUCAAAAUUGUCGGAUAUCGGGGUGAGUUGGGAUUUUGAUUGGAUAGUAACAGAAUGAGGUUGAGUAGAAACUGAGGGACUUGGUCUCAUCGUUGAAUCAGUCUAAGUAUUGCUGAAACUACUCAAUACCAGGGCACUUAAUCGUUCCAAGUUAGGGUACUAAUUGUUGAAAUCAUUGUUUGCGGUCAUUAAACUGAUCUAAAUUGCAGCGGACAACGAGUCGAAAACGCUGGUGAUCCGAACGUGCGCUCUGGACUCGGGCACCCUCACGGCCGACACCGAAAUCGUUCGGAUAUCGCACUGCGGCAGUUUAAGUACGAAGGCCAUCAGUACAAAGGAUGUGUGCAGUCCUGUGACACGGACGGCUGCAAUUCCACCUCAACACACUCGUACCUCCUGCCCAUUUGCCUUCUUUUCGCCUUCGUUUUCACUUUGUUCUCCUAGCAUUCUAUUCCAUUCGGAAUCACUCGUUCCGAACUCUUUCCAUCCCUCCAGCUCUCCGCCCCGAUUCAUUCUCCUCCCAAUUACGAGUAACUUUCUUGACAAGCCACCAUUCUCAAUUCUAAAAAAAAACAUCAAAUAUUCUGAAAAGACAAUAAUAAGAACCGAUUGUUGUGAUGCUCCGUACUUUACCGCUUCCCUUUCUAAUCCCUCUUUUUCCUGUAACCUUUCUGCUCUUCCCGACGAGCUAGCAUGGAGUGCACGUUUCUUCUCACCCUCUUCAUUCCCCUGAUCUGACAAUAGACUCUUCCCCCCACUGUCACCGUUUUGUUUUCCACUUGGCAAUUGUGUUCAAUAAGGUUUCAGUACUUUCAUAAACUCUUCGUUUUACAAACAUUUCAAGUAAUGACCUGCGUCGGUAAACUUUCAAUUUAUCUUCUGUUGGAAGUUAAAGCUUCACAAUUUCCAGUGCUCCGUAGACUUUGCCGGUCUGUGGCAACACAUUUGACUCGGGCGUCUACCGCUGCAGUGUUCAUGAUGCAAACGACCUCUGAAUCCACCUUCAAAGUCCACACAUUCGAACACUUCUGAUUGGGAAAGAAACGCGACGGCAGGCCGACCACGUGCCCCCCAUUUUCUGGCGCCCGGAGUAAACAGGGCGGCGGUGCCCGUCGACCAGAGACCUCGUGUCAUGUGUUUUUGUUCUGUUUUCCUUCCCUCACCGCCAGUUCGUCUGCCGCCUCUACCGUCCUCGUGCUCUCCGUACUUGUUUUUGCCAUUUGCAUCGGCCGGCCGGCCUCAGCCCCUCAGCCAUUCCUCCAUUUUCCACUUUCUUGGUUCUCUCCUCUUUCUCUCCUGAAUAAAAUGUUGGUUGAGGAUUAACAAUAGAUGAUGGUAGUAAUCAUUAACUGUACGGCAAACAUUUUUUUAACGUUUCGGAAAUCAGUUCCACUCAAUUUCUUGUUACUAGCAGCUGAAUCCACUUGCUCGAAAUGUGUCUAGACUUUGCAAUUCAAGCACAAGAAUCCACGGUAAUACCUUUUUCUCUGAAUCCGAACACUACCAUACCUUUUUUCUAAUGCCAACUCCGAAUCACAAGCUUCCAGCAACAACCUCUGAAAUUCGACGAAAUGACCGCGUCUCUCAUCCAAAUGGCCAAUCAUCUGGACGCCUCGACGGAGCAAGUCUCCCUCAACUACGUCCUUCUCGGACGUCCGCAUCGCGACAAGACCCAAAGCCACCCGAGCUACAUGGAGAUGAUCAAGGGCGCAAUCCAAGCAAUCGACAACGGAAAGGGCAGCAGCAAGGCGGCGAUUCUCAAGUACAUCGCGCAGAAUUACCACGUCGGCGAGAACUUGCCAAAGGUUUGAGUUCAGACUGUGAAUGUGUGCUCGUCAACAGUAACUUAAUUUCAGGUGAACAGUCAUCUUCGCGCCGUUCUCAAGAAAGCGGUCGACAAUGGAGACAUUGAACAGGUGAGAAUUCAAUCUGUAAAGAGAUCCGUGGAGUACAGGCUGAACUGUGAAUGCACUUUUGUUUACCGGCGGCCCAUUUCCCUUAACGCCCUUUGCCUCUCCUCUUUUUAUCGGGUCUUUGUCUUCGCCCCGUCAACAUGUUUAUGCCUUCUUGCACAGCCGAAAUCGGCCAUUUACAGACUCGCGGACACGGUGCCACCGGGAGCUUCCGCAUGGGAAAAGAGCAAGAGAAGAUGCUGCAGGUGGGCAUUCCGAUCGCCACGCAGCCGAUGAUGCUGCUCAAGGAGGUCCGUCAAAGAUGGAGAACGUGUCGGUCAGUAAGGUAGGCGCGGGACUCUAGAGAGUUUGUUCCCGUUCUAAGAAACGUGGCAGGAGAGGAGACCGUAAUCGAAUGCUUCCAGAAAACCGACAAGAACCAGCCGUCGACCAGCGGUGGUCCGAUGAAGACCAAGAAGAAGUACACGAUGAAGAAGACCGGCGGCACGAUGGGAAAAAAGCGUUUGGCGAAGAACAAAAUGGCGCCGAAAGCCAAAAAGGGCGGAUUGAAGAAGGAGAAGCCGUCGGAGGUUCUGGAGCACAAGGGAACUGCGGGCCUGAAGCCGGAAGGUCCGGCCACCACUCGCAUGGCUCUCCGCACUGGAACUCGCAAAAGCUACUGCUAA